AUGUGGCAGCUACGAGAAUGGUUGGAAGAUGUGCGCUGCGGAGUACCCCGUUCUUUUCCACGUGAGGGUUUUAUACCCGGUACUCCGUGGGAGCUCACCCGGCCAUCCUCUGACCAAGCCAACGCCUCAGCCACUCGUGCGCCAUGCCAACGUCGACCACCCCCUUCCGCCACCAUCACCCGGCCACUACCAACUGUCAACCUCAUCUCGCCGACCAACAGCAGCAACGACGACGACGUGAUCACUGUCAGCGACAGCGACGAGGUCGUAACCGUCAGCGACAGCGACGAGGUCGUAACCAUUAGCGACAGCGACGAGGUCGUGACCAUCAGUGACAGCGAUGAUGCCACCGUACACUCGCCAGGACCAUCGGCGUCAAGACCGUCUUCACCAACACCAUCAGGAUGCGACGAGGAAGUCGAGCGCUAUAUGGUGAAUCGACCACAAUCGGCCGAGAUCAACGUCGUCGACUACACGAGCGAGAGUGAGGCAGCGUCGCCACUACCAUCACCGUCAUAUUCGCCGGUAUCGAGAGUGUCAGAAAACGACAGCUGGUCGGGCACAGACCGCACGCCGCCGUCGUCACCUUCGCCGGUCAACUUUUGGUGGGACUCGGACAGCGACGACGAGGGAAUCUUCAGCGUCGACAUGAGGAUCUUACUACUCGGCAUCCUGCUGCUGUACUGCUCGUUCAGCCUGACCGAGUCGGCGAUAACGAAGCAGCGCUCGCGCAAGAAACCAUCCAAGGACCAGCAGCAUCGCGACCUCAACGUCUGCGACUUCGAGCAGACGGACUCGCCGCUGUUCUGCUACUGCAACGACAACAAGCUCGACAGCGCCGAGGACGCCAACUGCCUCAUCUUCAAAAAGCUCGAGCUCAGCGAUCCCAUCUGGGCGCACUUCAAUUCGCAGCUCUACAUACACAAGCUGAGCUUCAUCGUGCGCAGCGAGGGCGAGAUCUCGUACAUACCCACGGCCGUCUUGAGGCAAUUGAAGCACCUGCACACGGUGAGCUUUCAGCACGCCAAGCUCGAGGCCAUCGAGAGUCAAUCGUUCGGCACUCUGCCCAGCCUCUCGACCAUCAUCUUGAACAAGAACAAUAUCCAGUGGCUCAAGUGGCACGCCUUCGAGAAUCUGAGAAAUCUUACACUACUGAAUUUGGACGAGAACGACAUUUCCGAGCUUAGCAGAGACAUUUUUUACGAGCUACCGAAGAUUCAGAAGCUCUUCUUGAAUCACAAUAAUGUGUCGGUGCUGCACGACCGGGCCUUCGAGCACCUGCCCACCCUCGAGGAGCUCGAGCUCAACAACAACAAGAUCUCGGUCGUGACGGCCGACAGCUUCAAGCGGCUGAGGAUGCUGCAGCGUCUGGACCUGCGCAACAACUUGAUCGCGAUGCUGGGCGACCGCUGCUUCGCCGAGAUGCCCGACCUCAAGGAGCUGCACCUCGAUCAGAAUCAGAUCAAGUUCAUCUCGAGCAAGGCCCUGGACGGCCUGCGCCACCUGAAGAUGCUGCGACUCAGCGAGAACAAGCUCGUGACUCUGGAGCCGGACUUCCUGGUGGGCACGCCCUCGCUCACUCUGCUGGAUCUCAGGGACAACCAGAUCAGCACCAUGACCUUCGACAACAUCAAGCCCAUCAUCACGAAUCUGUACAACAACUCGAGCUACUUCUACCUCGACGGCAACAAGCUCAUCUGCGACUGCAAGCUCGCCUGGAUCUGGGGUCUGAGGAACGAGACGAGGAACAGCAAAUUGCGCGAAGGCUUGGAGGAAUUGACGUGCUUCCUCGAGGCUAGCUACGAAUCGAGAUUCGACACAGGCGAGGAUCUCAAUCGAGCACUGGAAAUUGUUCGAAACACAGGCUCCCGUCACGGAGAUUACCACGCUCGACAAAAUAGCAUGGACGAAACGUACAUGGGCGAUAACGAUGGUUACGAGGAUUACAGCGCAGGAGAAGAUUAUUCAGUCGGUGCUCAGGUGGUCGUGGAAGGCAAGCCGAGCUACGUGAAACACUUGUUCGACCUCAAGCCCGAACUGCUGCCGUGUCCUCAGCCGACGCACGAGGACGUAAUGGCGUCGGAGCAACCGUCCAGUCGACACUCGUCAUCCAUAUUCUCGUUCGCCACUGGUGGCGGUGCGGGUCAGAUCGAAGCUUGCGCUGCUCUCACGACGAUACUCCUGGCCGUGAGCGUUCGGGCCUGCCUCACGUAGGAGCUUAUCGGGCAACCACGUCUCUACGCGAAUCUCAAUUUUGACGUUUAAGAAGUAGCAAUACGAGAAGAAAAAAAAUCGAAAAAUACGUACGCCAGUAUGAACCGGUGCCCCAACAUUGAUUAUGUUUUCGAGAAAUGGAUCAAUUAUCGCCAAUAAACAGACGAAAAAAAAAUACACACAUAUUUAACGGACACUGCCAACACAUACGUUUCUAUCGAUUCAUUGAUCGAAAAUGUCAUUAAUCGUAAAAAGAAGAUUGAGGUUAUCACUCGUUUACUGCCAGUUAACAUUAACGAAACCAAGGGGUAAUCUUUUAACUCUUCUUUGUUCUUCUCUCUCAACUUUUGCAAAGACGCAACGACGUGUUCUUUCGUAAGUAUACGAAGAUAUUUUCGUUGUUCAUCAAAAAAAAAAAGUUGAAGAAAACUCUGCAUUCGCUAACAUUUUUUAUAAAAAUAUAUUUCUUUCCUUUUUUGUCGGGAUACGGUGCUCUGUGUUUUAUAAGAAAAAAAAAUUUUUCUCGCGAAUCUUUAGGAGCGAUCAAGUGUAAAAUAAUUGACUAUAUAAAAGGCACGCACGUGAAGCUGUGUAUAGAUAUAUAUGUAGCCUGAUUACAAUACUCGAGUGCGCGUGCGACGAUAGUCGUGUAGGAUAUCGAAUGAAACGAAGAGAAUUUUUUGCGUUGCGAAAGAAAAAAAUGUAACGGAAGAGGAUUCUAAAAAGGCGUGCGCAAAGCAAGAACGAUAAAGUCCUUCUUAAAAAAGCUCGACGAAAAAAAGAAAUUUUUAUAGUAAUAACACGAGAUUGAUACCAAAAAAAAUUAUAUCGUAUCCUGGUUGCUUGCACGCUCGAUCAUUAUUUUCUGUAGGUGCCAUUUUGAUGUAUAUGUAUUUAAACGCCUUUUUACUCAUUAAUUAAAUAAUGAUAAUUGACAGAGUUAUUAAAGUACGCGACUGCGUUUCAGUAUGUGCAGGCCAAUAUUUAUGUUGAAAUUUGUGAUGCUUAAUUAUGGUAUAAGUAUAGUAAGUAAUAAUUAUUGUGAGUCCAAUUUCUAAUUGCAUAGGGAUAUUGAAAUACCAAGAAUAACUUACUAUAAAUUAUUACCUUAUCUGAUUGUCCAGAGGGGAGAAACUAUUCGUUCGGAUUAUUAAUUUGCGUUGUAAUAAAUGAUAAUGUCCGGUAAAAUCAAUUUCCGAUAUUUUUAUUAACUAGACAUUCUCGAUUCGGAACAGUAACAACAGAAUCCUUACGUAAUUUAGAGGCGGACUUUAUAUGAAUGCUUUGAAAAUUAUUAUUAUGAUAUUUGCAUGUCGAUCGAGUGAAAUGUUCGAUCGGGGUCGCGCGUAUAUACACAAAACGCGCGCGCGCAGGCAUUGAACAUUUCACUCAAUCGACUUUACAAUCAAAGAAUUAAUUAUUCGAAACAUUUAUUGGCAACGUUGAAAUUGCUAUACUAUAUAUUUUUCCAUGAGAUCUAACGAACAUUUCGUGUGCGUGUAUAUGUACGUGGGAUUGCAAUAAAGUUUUCCGAUGUACUGUGACUUUGAAUGUACGAGUAUCGCUAUUUUAGGCGAGGUUCCGUGUAUUAACUUUUUUUUAUUUUCAUCGCAUUCACGCGGUAUACAUUGAUUAUGUAUAUUUAUUAUAUAUAUUAAAUUGGCUAUAGAUGUUUUG